AUGAAGACCAAGGCGGAUGCUCACCGCAAGGAUGUGACAUUUGAGGUUGGAGAUAUGGUAUACUUGAAGCUAAGGCCUUACAGACAGAAGACUUUAGCUAGCAGGAGUGAAAAGCUCUCUCCACGAUACUAUGGGCCUUUCGAGAUCGAAAGGAAAGUUAGGAUGGUGGCCUACCGUCUCAAGUUACAUCCUCAUUCCUCCAUCCACCCUGUAUUCCACGCAUCGCUAUUGAAGAAGAGCAUAGGGGAUCAUACUGUGGUCAUUCCUACUAUACCCCAGGGCCUCACAGAAGAUAUGCAAUUCUUACUAGAGCAACUACAUGUGAAGGAAGUGAGGAAGAAUGAUCAAGGCAAAAGGGAGAUUCUCAUCGAGUGGAAGGACUUACCGACACAUGAGGCUACUUGGGAGAUAUACGAAACCAUGCAGGCGCAGUUUCCAGACUUCAACCUUGAGGACAAGGUUGAUCUUCUAGAGGGCGGUAUUGUUGGACCGGGUUUACCGAUCCCGCCUGGACCCGUGCGGGUCUACAGGCGGAAGAGGGGGGCGGGAGUCCGGCUGGACCAAAGAGGGACCCCCACUUAUUUUGGGGAUGGGAGGAUAUUUUUUGAAAGGGUAUGA